CGCUACCUCUGGCAACCCGUAUAGUUUCGGUAUCCUCCGUCAAAUAGACCCUGUUUCUCAUUGCGAGUAGUAGGGGAUAUUGCGGAAACAGAGGGACAUACGCCGAUGCUGAGAGUGCAGAAAUUAUACAUUUCAGAAGCCGUUUUUGUCAGACAUGAGCAGGAAUAGGCGCAGCCAUUUCGUGUUUGGCGUGUCGUCGUCGUCUUCUCCUGUUCGGAUUCUUGUGGCACGUACGUACUAGCGCGAUACAUUAUAACCCUCUGAUCCAUUGGUAGCAUUGUGCUCGUUCCAAGCGGACGUUACAACUUGGCAGAAAGCGCUCUCUCUCGCACAGAGUCUGGAAGACGUCCCAGAUGUAUGUAAGUAUGUUCCAAGUCGUGUUGGUUUACGCAGCGCUUACAGUUGCAGCAUCGUAUGAAGAGAAAGACAUGACGUGCAGUGAUAACGGUCUGUUGGUUCCAAGUUUCAAGGUCUGCGAUGGAGUUUAUGACUGCAGGCAGUGGCAAGCUAUUUUCUGGAUUGCUGGUUCUCAAGACGAAGAUCCUGAAGUAUGUGCACCACAAGACGUCCGUACGCGCGAACCAGUGUUCACAAGCCUGACCCAACCGAACGGCUCCCUACUGCUUUCGUGGACGUGGAGCGUACCACCGAGCUCUGACCUGGCGGGAUACUAUUUACGCGGUACCUUCUCAGACCACGUUUUUCAGAUAACGCUGUCACCUUUGCUGAGUGAAUACAUGGCUGACUGCCUCAGGGGAUACACCCAAUACACUAUUACGCUCCGGCCCUUCUACAAGAAUGACGGCCGGACGAAACUUGGGAAGGCAGCACUUUUGACCGUGGGAUCUCUAUUUACGGUGACACCGCAUGAAGAGAAGGACAUGAGAUGCCGUGACAACCAUGAGUUGGUUCCAAGCUUCAAGGUAUGCGAUGGAGUUCUCGAUUGCAGAGAGCGAUACGAUCCCUACGGGUUCUCUCAUUCUGAAGACGAAAACCCUGAAAUAUGUGCAUUGGAUCAUAUCCACAUGCACGAACUGAACUUCACCAGCCUCAGCCAUCCCGACGGCUCCCUACUGCUUUCGUGGACGUGGAGCGUACCACCGAGCUCUGACCUGGCGGGAUACUAUUUACGCGGUACCUCCUCAGACCACACUUUUCAGACAACGCUGUCACCUUUGCUGAGUGAAUACACGGCUGAAUGCCUCACGAGAUACAGCCAAUACAAUAUUACGCUCCGGCCUUUCUACGUGGACGUUGACGGCCAGCUGAAACUUGGGAGGGCAGCACUUUUGAGCGUGCGAUCUCCAGCUACUGCCCCGGAAGCCCCACGAGAAAUCGGGGUGCAUUCCCAGUCUGGAAUAGAGCAGGGCAGUGCGGGAGAGCUGGCCGUAACCAUCUUCGAACCAAUCUCUUGGAACUCUAAUCCAGUGGGCUUUCGUCUGCGAUGGGAGCAAAAUGAUCAACGCAACGAAGGAGCGAGGGAUUUCGAUUUGCCUGUAAAUAAGACGGGAAGCAAGACAUACCUCUACGCCAAGCUGCCUUUGAAGCCUGGACGUACAUACACACUGUUUGCCAGCGCGCGCGGCGUCGGGCACUUCGGGGAAGUUCUCGUGGGUCCAGAGACAUCGAUCACAGCGGAAACUGUUCCUGAGGCCAACAACAGGUCGUUCACUCUUGCUGGAGUCGAAAAACUUCUGGACGAAGCCAUUGCCCUUGUGACUGCAGAAAACUGGGCGCGCAACUGCGCUCAUGUGGUGCGUCUUGAAGAGGAGGCCUGGGAGCAGGAUGGUGCAAUCGAAAGCACGCUCGACAGCAUCAUAAUUACUCUGGGAUGUGACUCCAGCAGCUGCAGUGACAGUAGUGUCAGUGAAUUGAGUGGUAUAAAGGAACUGAUGAACCCGGUGCGCGCUGGCUCAUGUGAUGCUGAUUCUUUGUAA